AGAUGUAAUCUCUACGUGAGAGUUUCAUAGAUUUGCAAGGAUGUGAGAAAGAGUAGAUUGAGGAUAUUCAAUGAGUUUAAACACUUGAGCAUAAAACUAAGUUUUGUUUGAAAGCUCAGUUUAGUAUUUGUUUUUGGAUAAUCUGUUUUUUCCUUUUUGUGUGUGUAAUCCUUUUCUCUGGUUUGUAAGCAGCAAAUAUCGGAUUAUGUCUAGUGUUGUUUUUUUAUAAAUCAUUUAUACCCUAGACUUUUUCUUCCAAUCUUCUUGCCAACCUUGUUCUGCCUUUUCUACGUUGUUUCUCAUCCUAUGUUUGACGAUUGGUUUCAUGUCCUUUUACCAAAGUCUGAUUCUAGCAUGUGGGCAGAGUUAGGGGUAGGGUAGCGUUGUUGCUUUUGUUGUUCAUGGUAUGGAUAGUCUGCGUCGUUGGGUCGUCCCUGAGUCUACAGUGACGCGUGACACCAUUUCUUUUUCCAUUUUUUUUCGGUGGUUUUAUUCCAUUUUUAUUAUAUGCUUUCUCGUUUGAACCCGUACCCUUUAUUUUUAAUCUUUGUUGGCAGAAUCUUGUUUUUUUUUUCUUUAGCAUCUUUGUUUGAAUUUCACUUUUUUUUUGGAAAUAAAUAAGUCCUAAUUCAUUGAAAACCUUUCAUCUUGCUUGUAUGUGUAUUUUUUCUUAUUUAAAAUUCAAAGUCGAGACUUUUAAAAAUAUCUCUGUAAAAUUAAAGACAAAAAAUCAUGCGUUUGAUAUUAUUAAAUAAUGAUUUAUAAAUUUUUUAAAAAAAAUAAUGGAAGAUUCAUUUUGCAGCUUAAAGCACAACCCUUUCCAUGAGUACACCUUGUUUAAACUCUGCGCUAAAGAUGUCAGGCUUAAAAAUCUCCAUUCCUGAGCUGAUCUCCUCGUCCUUUAUCAAUGCCUUUUGAAGGGGAAACAAAACUAGAUCGAGUUUGGGUUGAAACCAACCAUUUUAAGGAGGGACGACCCAUGACAAUGGCCGAAGCCCAAGACUCACAGCCCAAAACCAGCUGCAGUGACAGUGCUGCUCUACCCAAAAACCCAGAAGAAAGUUGCAGCGGUUAAGCCGCGUACUAGCAUUCCUGACAAACGUUCAACUGAGCAGCAGCCUCCCCAAAUAUCCUCCUUCAGCUCCAGGCGCUUCCCUCCUUCCGCCUCCUUCCAUGAAUGGAUCCCCCACCAUCACCUCCGUCCGAGCGCCCACAAUGAGAAAUCCAACAGCCAUUAUAAAUCCAGGUCAGUCCUUCCAUUUCCUCGCAAAAUCUCUCUCCUCUUUCCCUUCCUCUCUUCCCCUAGACCCUGACCCACCCGAUCACGACAUCCCUUUGCUCCUCCACUCCAUCCUCUCCAAACCCAAUUGGCAAAGGCACCUCUCCCUCCCAAAACUAAUCCCGUCCAUAUCCCCUUCCCAUGUCCAUUCCCUUUUUUCUCUCAACCCCAAUCUCCUCCCCAAAACUGCCCUCGAUUUCUCCUAUUGGAUCUCCAAAAAACCCAAUUUCAAACACUCCGUUUUUUCCUAUUCUGCCCUUUUAAACAUCCUUGUCACUAACAAAUUCUUUGGUCCAGCGGAGAAAAUCCGCCUUGUCAUGAUCAAAUCUUCCUCUUCAAUCCAUGAAACCCGGUUCGUUUUAGAGUUCUUAACAGAAAUGAAUAAAAACAACCAGCUUCAUUCCACUUUUAAGCUUACCGUUCGAUCCUAUAAUUUUUUAUUGAUGUCUUUAUCGAAAUUCUCGAUGAUUGAUGAAAUGAAAUCUGUUUAUAGUGGAAUGUUGAACGAUAUGGUUUCGCCAAAUAUUUACACUUGGAAUACUAUGGUUAAUGCUUAUUGUAAGAUUGGGAAUGUGGUUGAAGCUGAUCUGUAUGUGAGUAAGAUUGUGCAGGCGGGAUUGAGUCCCGAUACCUUUACUUUUACUUCAUUGAUAUUGGGGCAUUGCAGGAAUAAAGAUGUAGAUAGCGCAUUCAGGGUUUUUAGAGUGAUGCCUAAUAAGGGUUGUCACAGAAAUGAGGUUUCAUAUACAAAUCUUAUUCAUGGUCUCUGUGAGGCUGGACGUGUUGAUGAGGCUAUUAAGUUGUUUGAAAAGAUGGAGGAGGAUUUUUGUUAUCCUACGGUUCGUACAUACACAGUGAUCAUUAGUGGCUUGUGUGAAGUAGGAAGGAAGACACAAGGAAUGAAUUUGUUUGAGGAAAUGUCACGGAAAGGCUGUGAGCCGAAUGCUCAUACUUAUGCAGUAAUUAUUGAUAGCUUAUGUAAAGAAAAUAAGGUUGACGAGGCAAGAAAAAUGUUAGAUGGGAUGUUAGAGAAAAGGCUGGUUCCAAGUGUGGUGACCUAUAAUGCUUUGAUUGAUGGAUAUUGCAAGCACGGAUUAAUGGAGGCUGCACUGGAAAUUUUGGGUAUGAUGGAAUCUAACAAUUGUUGUCCAAAUGAACGAACAUAUAAUGAAUUGAUAGCUGGGUUUUGUAAGAAGAAGAAUGUUCACAAGGCAAUGGCAUUUCUUGACAAGAUGCUUGAACUUAAGCUGGCACCAAGUGUAGUCACAUAUAAUUCAUUAAUUCAUGGGCAGUGUAAAAUGGGGCAAUUAGACAGUGCCUUUAGGCUGCUUGAGAUGAUGAGGGAGAAUGGUUUGGUUCCUGACCAAUGGACUUAUAGUGUUCUUAUAGACUCUCUUUGUAAAGUUGAUAGGGUAGAGGAAGCUCGUUUUCUGUUUGACUCUCUCAAGGGGAAAAGCGUUAAAGCCAAUGAAGUUAUAUAUACUGCUUUGAUUGAUGGAUACUGCAAGAUUGGGAAAGUUGAAGAUGCUCAUUCUUUGCUUGACAGAAUGCUUACUGAGGACUGCUUGCCAAACUCAUGCACAUACAAUGCCCUUAUAGAUGGGUUGUGCAACAGGAAAAACAUGAAGGAAGCACUGUUGAUGGUGGAAAAGAUGGUGGGGAUGGGUGUAAAGCCUACAGUACAUACCUAUACAAUCCUCAUUGAAUGGAUGCUUAAAGAAGGUGACUUUGAUCAGGCUCAUAGGGCCCUUGACCAACUAAUUUCCUCGGGAUGUCAACCUGAUGUAUUUACCUAUACAGCUUUUAUUCAUGCAUAUUGUGGUGUAGGGAGAUUGAAAGAAGCAGAGGAUGUGAUGAUUAGGAUGAAGGAAGAAGGCAUUUUUCCAGAUUCGUUGACAUACACAUUACUUCUAGAUGCAUAUGGAUGCUUGGGAUCAGUGCAUUCUGCAUUUGAUGUUCUCAAGCGUAUGUUUGAUGCUGGCUGUGAGCCUUCUCAUCAUACAUAUUCUUUUUUAAUCAAGCAUCUCUCAAAGAAACAAGGGACAAAGGAUGACUGCCCUGCAGUGCAUUUGGUUUUAAAUGCCGCUCUGGUUAACCAUGCUGAUGUGUGGAAGACAAUGGAAUUUGACACUGCUUUGGAGUUGUUUGAGAAAAUGCAUCAACAUGGUUGUGUACCCAAUAUUAACACUUACAGCAAGCUUAUUAUAGGACUUUGCAAAGUUGGCCGCUUUGAAGUAGCUCAAAGGCUAUUUGAUCAUAUGAGAGAACAAGGAAUAUCUCCUAGUGAAGAUGUCUACAACUCUCUUCUUAGUUGUUGCUGUGAGUUGGGAAUGUAUGAUGACGCUGUGAUAGUGGUGGAUCUGAUGAUAAGUUCUGGUCAGUUACCAAACCUGGAGUAUUACAAGCAACUGGUUUGCGGACUAUGUGCUGAAGGGAAUAAGGAGAAGGCUAAUAUGGUUUUUGAUAACUUGCUUCGUUGUGGUUAUAAUAGUGAUGAGGUAGCUUGGAAGGUUCUUAUUGAUGGCUUACUGACAAAGGGGUUUUCUGAUAGAUGCUCUGAACUCCUAAGCAUCAUGGAAAAAAUGGGCUGCCAGCUCCAUCCUAAUACAUAUUCAAUGUUAAUUGCUGGACUUGAAGAAACAUAGAGCAUUUAUUCUUGGUAUUGUUUCCUUUAGAUUCUUGCCUUUUUGUUACUCAAAAAGAUGCCUUUGCAAUGCUCUUCCUUGUCUAGAUUGGUACUAGGAUGUAUAGAUUGAAGACAGCAUUUUGGCUUGCCAUCUCAAUACGUAAAAAGAGGGCUUGAAACUUUCCAGUUGGCUGGCAAUAAGGGAGCAGUGAGAAGCACACACACAUCUGCUGAUUGUGGAUGUGGCCCUUCAUCAAACAAACCAUUUCACUGACAAUCAAGAGGCAA